AUGGCCGAGUCCAAGAAGCGGAAAGCCGUGACCAGAGACGUUGACGAGGAUGAUGCCGCCGUCGUCUCGGGGGACGAAUUCGACUUUGCACAUUUGGAUGGAACUCUAGCCGCGGACGACGAAUCCGAGGACGAUGUGAGUAGUGGAGCCGAAGACGAGAGUGAUGCAGUAUCUGUAGGGGCCGAAGAGCAGUCAGAUCCAGAAGAGGAUGAUGAUGAGGAAGAGGAGGAGCUACUCAAACCCAAGGCUAAACCAGGACAAGCAGAAAAUGAUGGUAAAGAGGUGGACAUUGGUGUUUCUACCUCGGAGGAGAAAGAGCAGGAGACACCUUAUGAAGAUGACGACGACGAACCCAACUACUCAAUCGUCAAAGAUGCCAAUGGCAACGACCGCUACAUCUACCCGGAGAUCGACCCGGGCGACGAUUCCGACUACUCCGUGCCAGACAACGAAGCCAACACGAUCGGGAACAUCCCCUUAUCAUUCUACGACUCCUACCCACAUAUCGGGUACAAUAUCAACGGCAAGAAAAUCAUGAGACCGGCCAGAGGAGAAGCUCUGGAUGCACUAUUGGACAGCAUCGAGAUUCCCAAAGGAUGGACGGGGCUUACGGACCCUGCGACUGGAAAACCGCUAGAACUCAGUCGAGAUGAGCUGGAGUUGUUGAAGAAAGUGCAGAUGAACGAGAUCGCCGCAGAGGACGGGGGAUACGACCCGUACGAGCCGACGGUGGAGUGGUUCACAUCCAAAAAAGAGAUCAUGCCGCUGAGUUCUGCUCCGGAACCCAAGAGGCGGUUCGUGCCAUCCAAGCACGAGGCGAAGCGGGUGAUGAAACUCGUGCGGGCGAUUCGAGAAGGGCGCAUUCUGCCCUACAAGCCGCCUCAAGAACAAACAGAGGAUGAGGAUGAGGGGAUACAGAAUUAUGACAUCUGGGCCGAUGAACAACCCAGACCAGACCAUGCCAUGCACAUGCCCGCCCCGAAACUCCCUCCUCCGGGUUUCGAUGAAAGCUACCACCCACCACCGGAAUACCUGCCGGACAAGAAGGAGAAAGAAGCGUGGGAAAAGGCCGACGAAGAAGACCGAGACAAGGACUACUUGCCCACGGACCACACGUCAUUGCGCAAAGUGCCGGGCUACGAACGUUUCAUUAAAGAGAAGUUCGAGCGCUGUCUGGAUCUGUAUCUCGCGCCUCGAGUGCGCCGGACAAAGCUCAAUAUCGACCCGGAGUCACUGCUCCCCAAGUUACCGAAUCCCGACGAACUCAGACCGUUCCCCACGCACGAGGCGGGCCGGUUCUAUGGCCAUACCGGUCGCGUGCGGUCUCUGGCUAUUGAUCCAUCGGGACUGUACCUCGCCACCGGUGGAGAUGACGGCACGGUCAGGGUGUGGAUGUUGAUGCCUCCGCGCGAAAUCUGGUCCGUAAAACUGACCUCGACCACGGACGACGCCGCCACCGCAGUCAAUGUCGUUCGGUGGCGACCUGGAAAAGACACACCUGCCAUCCUCGCCGCCUGUGCCGGAGAAAACAUCUACCUCUGCGUGCCCCGACUGGGCACCGACUUCAGCACCGAAGCCGACGCAGCCCAAGCGGUGCUGGACGCAGGAUGGGGAUAUGCCGCAUCAUCCGAGAGCGGCAGCACAGCAUCGAAGUCCAGCAACGGCGUCAAAUGGAGCCGGCCGAGCUCUUCACAACGUGAUCAGGGCGUCGCCCUGGUGAUCCACCUAGGCCAUACCGCGAAGACACUCUCAUUCCACUCCGGGGGCAACCACUUUGUAACAAUCUGCCCGGGUACCAGCGUCCCCGCCUCGCAGGCUAUUGGCAUCCACACAAUCUCGAAACACCAAACCCAACUCCCCUUCCGCAAACGUCUCAAAGGCGGUGGCACUCCCCAGGUCGCACACUUCCACCCCAGCAAACCCGUCCUAUUCGUCGCCAACCAACGCGUCAUCCGCGCCUACGACCUGUCCAAACAGACGCUCUUAAAAAUCAUCCAACCGGGAGCACGGUGGAUCAGCAGUUUCGACGUGCACCCGACCUCGUCCUCAACCUCCGGUUCCGACAAUCUGAUCGUCGGAUCCUACGACCGCCGCCUCCUGUGGAUGGACCUGGACCUGUCCCCGAGGCCGUACAAGACGCUGCGGUUCCACGACAAGGCCAUCCGCACGGUGCGCUUCCACCCAUCCACGAACAGAUACCCGCUCUUCGCCGACGCCAGCGACGACGGCACCAUCCAGGUCUUCCACGGCCAGGUCACCAGCGACAUGAUGAGCAAUGCCCAGAUUGUGCCCCUGAAGGUGUUGCGCGGUCACAAGAUCACUGGCGGAUUGGGCGUCUUGGACCUGGACUGGCACCCCCAGCUUCCGUGGCUCGUCAGCGCCGGAGGGGACGGGACUUGUCGUCUAUGGGUUUCCUGA